CCCAGCCAGCAUAACAUUAUCAGUAUAUUAUUGUGGGACCUAUUUACUAAACUCUCAGAUUAAAACCUCAUUAGCAAAAUGUAGAGUAAAAUAACUCAUCUACAAAAUGCCAAUUGGUGACAGCUCGGUGGUAGAAUUCAGGACUGUGUAUGUAUAUAAAUGAAUAAAGGAUCCAUGCCAGGUGAAGAUGGAGAUAAUUCUGCUCCCAGACCAAUCCCCCCUCCUCCGCUACCUCCACCUGUCCAAUUGCCCCCUGCCCCACAAUCUGACGUAAAAAGCAAGUUCUAUAAGAAGGUGGCCGAGAACAGUGACCCAUCAGCUGGAGAAUGCAAUGAGUUGAAAAGGAUGAUCAAAAACCGUCAGAGCAGGUUCAGUGAGGAGUUAAAAUGGCUGCUUUAUAACCAGCAUGUGCCGUCUCUGAUCCAGGAAGGACCCCAGUGUGGAUUGGUGGCUCUGUGCAUGGCCGGGAUGUUACUGGACAUCAAUAAUGACAUAUCGCUUGGCAGAAUUGUUGAAGUUGCCGUCAGCCGAGGUUAUACAGCUCAGGGGGAGAUGUUCUCAGCCGCUAAUAUGCGCCAUCUGGCCGAGGAGAUGUUUGGCUGUCAGUGUGAACUUCUCACGGGGGGGAUGGAAGGAGAGAACAGAAUCCGAAUCCUGCACCAGCUGACUGCUGGCCGGCCUGUCCUCAUACCAUAUGAUGAAGACUUUAACCACGAACCGUGUCGGAGAGAUGGCCACCGGGCUCAUUGGGCAGUCGUGUCAGGUGUCUUGUUUGGAAUGAAGAACGGGUCCUUCCGGCCUGACCACGACUUCCCUGGAUUGUAUUACCCAACACCUGACUCUUGUGUCUUGGAAUGUGACGAUAUUCAGGAGACCUACCUCGUAGCCAAACAAGGAAAGAGCAUCCGAUACCAGCUGUGGUCUUACGAGUCAGUUAGUCAGAGUAAUGGACAGCUCCUACAUCUCGACCCUAAGAGAGCCAGUGAUGGCACAGUUUAUGUGCUGCCCAAGGGUGGCGUAGCCGCAGGGCUCUGUGGACAGGUUGUGCUUCUAAAACAGCACUGAAGUAAAAAUCUGUAAGUUGUGAGAAUCUGUGAAUGCUCCUCUCCGAAUACCUCAAUGUCUUCCUCACUGGACAACAGCAGAUCUCCAAAACUUUUCCUGGACAACUUUCUAUUUCA